AUGUCGGAAACGUUACCAAAAGUUGAAAUUUUACAAGAAGGUGAUAACAAAACUUUUGCCAAGCCCGGAGAUACCGUGUCAAUUCAUUACGAUGGUACGUUGACCAAUGGAAAAGAAUUUGAUUCAUCGAGGAAAAGAGGUAAACCAUUUACUUGUACUGUUGGUGUUGGCCAAGUGAUUAAAGGCUGGGAUAUUGCAUUGACUGACAACUAUGGUAAAGGCGGAAUUCCAAAGAUUUCAAAGGGUACAAAGGCAUUAUUGACAAUUCCUCCAGAAAUAGGCUAUGGCUCAAGAGGAUUCCCAGGCUUGAUUCCUGCAAACUCAACUUUGGUUUUUGAAGUGGAGUUGUUGAGCGUUAAUGGGAAUUGA